AUGGCGGCCUUACAGUCGAUAAGUUCCUACCCACUUGCGGUGUCUCUGUCCCUCGUCCUUGCAACAUUGCUCUCGUAUGGCUUCACUCGCCUCUACCAUGCACGAAUGAUCGUGAGCAACUUGAAGAAACAAGGCCUGCCUGUUGCACCCGGCCAUAAUUUCCUCUUUGGCCACCUUCUCCUACUCAAAAAGUACUCUGAGAAAUUGCCCAAAGAUGCACAUUAUCAGUACAUAAUUGGCGACAUCUAUAGUGAUCAUUUCCAGAAAGAAGGCGCCUUCUAUAUCGAUCUAUGGCCUAUGUCUGGGCUGUGCUUUGUCAACCCAAAACUGGCGAUAGAGAGACCUCGUCUACUCCCGCGCUUCUUCAAACCUAUUGCAGGAGGACCUAAUCUAUUUGAUAUGCGGGAGGCGGAAUGGAGACCUUGGCGUUCAGUAUUCAGUAAAGGGUUCAGUACUGAACAUUUUCUGAGCUUGGUUCCGGGCAUGGUGAAAGAGACUAUGGUCUAUGCGCAGACAUUCAGAGAUCUAGCUGAGAAGGGUGAGAUGUUUUCCCUGGAUACGAUAUCAUUACGGUCUAUGAUGGAUGUGAUCGGUAGAACCAUCCUCGCAGAAACCAACCCUUUUGGGUCACUGAACGUAGCUCGUUGGUAUAUGGAGUGGCGAAAUGGGAGAAGGAUGGACAAGUACAUUGGUGACGAGUUAGAUCGACGAUACGCGGAGUUCAAAGCGGACAGCGACAACUCUCGCACCAAGGCCGUUAUGGACAUCAUCCUUCAAGCCUAUAUGGGGGACGGUAAGACCAAACCAGAAAGGUUGGACCCCGAAUUUCGUGCUUUCGCAAUCAGACAAAUCCGCCUAUUCGUAUUCGUGGGACACGAUUCGACAUCCAGCACAAUAUGCUACAUUCUGCAUCUUCUGUCUCAACAUCCCGAUGCGUUAAACAAGAUCCGCGCCGAGCACGAUGGUGUGUUUGGGAAGAAUCUCAAGGUUGUAUCAGACAUGCUCAUUUCGCAACCGCACCUCACAAACGACCUGCCAUACACCACUGCGGUUAUCAAAGAGACUCUCCGCCUUUUCCCUCCAGCUUCCUGUUCACGCCAAGGCAAGCCCGACGUAAGCAUUCCUACAGACUCUGGUGCACUCUGUCCUAUGGAUGACGCUUUCGUCUUCAUCAUUCACGUCGCCAUGCAACGUGCUCCAGCCUAUUGGGUUCGCGCUGCCGAAUUCCUCCCAGAAUGCUUCCUGGUCGAGCCAGGCCAUGAAUUAUUUCCUGUCAAGGGCGCAUGGCGGCCCUUCGAACACGGACCUAGGAACUGUAUCGCGCAAGGUCUGGUGAUGAUUGAGCUGAAAGUCAUUCUUGUACAUUUGGUCAGGGAAUUCGAGUUCAAGGACGCUUAUGAGGAAUGGGAUACGAUAAAUGGGAGGACCGAUCUCAGACAGGUGUAUGGUGACAGAGCAUUUCAAAUUGAAGAAGGGUCGGCUCAUUCAAGUGACCACUAUCCAUGUCGAGUUACUUUGAGAAAAUAG